GCUGAGUUGAUCUUUGUUUUUGCUCGUCGUUGGUCGUUCUCACGUAAAGAUGGGUCGCGAAAACUUUUUUAUUGAAGUGCCAAUUUGAACUAACGCGUGUUAAUUUUUCUGAAACCAAGCCGCUCUGUUUCCUUUCAGUACUAGAGGCAACAGGUUGAACGAACCGCUUCUAGUUUUUUCUCGAAGAAACUAGCACAACCAACAUGUCCGACGAGGAAGAGCAAGUCGUGGACCCGCACGCCGCCGCCAUGGCGGGAGUGCCGGAGUGCCGCAUUCGCCAGAACGACUUGCCAGAUCAUUUGUGGGACAAGGUGCGGAUCGUUCUCAAGGAGGCCCUCGAAAAACACAAGAUGGAGAAGGAUAUCGCGUAUUGAUUUUUGCUUAUUUUCGCUGCACUUUACUUCCGUCGUUCCUUCUGCUGUUACGCAUGAGUGAUGUAUAGGGACGAAUUUCAUCGUCGUCAGGGAAAGUGGCAAUGUUGUCGCAAAUUGCAUGAGACUUGGUUUCAUCUCGGGAGAAAAAUUUUCAAAACUCGGAUUGGCACUAUUGACUAUCAGGAACUACAUCAAGACGAAGAUCGGGGAGGAUCAAGAUUUCAACGAAUUGCCUGGGAAAGGACCAUGGCAAACCGUCGUCGGAAAGAGCUUCGCCGCCGCGAUCACGCAUGAAGCUAGUAUAAUUGCUGAUAGCUUGUUUUUGCGUUUCUUUUCCUGCCAUGGCAGUGCGACUAUCAAAUAAAAAUCAAAAACUGUGUCCUUUACUUUGUUUACGUAGAAGAUGAAAGUGAAGCAUGACAGGCGCUGAUGUGAUUGGAACUGGAAAACAAAACGUAGGUCACGUCUGCUUCUUCGACAUUGCGAACACACGCGAGACGGUGCUCUUGUUCAAGUCCCUCUCGGUGCAGGCGUAAAGGAGGCACCGGGUGUCGAUCACGGAAAAGCAAAAAUGUAUUUAGCGUGGUAGCGUGCGAACCGAAAAUAAUCCACCUUGUGCACUACACCGCAACCCCGACGUGAGUAGAACUAAGUACAAAUACACUAAGGGCUAUUGAAAACGAGAUCCGGAGAUGAACCCCCGUUGCAAGAAACAGUGCUGGAGAUGAAUUUUUAAAGAAUUGAAUUAUUGAAGGUUGGUUUAUUAACUUCGAAAAAAGCUGAAAGGGCUGCUUGUACAACCUCUACUGUCGACGCGAGAACGAAG